CGCGGCGGCACUUCCGGUCCGGGGCCGGGGCGGGAACGGCAGCGGGGCCGGGAUGGCGCUGGACGCGCGGCGCCUGGAGGCGCUGAGCCUGCAGGAGCUCAGCGCGCUGCUGGACGACGAGGAGCAGCUCCAGGACAUGGCCCGCGAGAUGGAAGAGGCCCAAAAUGUUCAGCACAGCAAGGACAUGACUCUUGCCAGCAACCGCAGUCUGGCAGAGGGAAAUCUCCUGUACCAGCCAAAGUUGGAGUCUCUAAAAUCAAAUUUAACUGAGAAAUAUCAAGAGCUGCAAGUUCUUUUUGAAGCAUACCAGAUAAAGAAAACAAAACUAGACAGACAAUCCAGUAAUGCUUCCCUGGAGACCCUGCUGGCACUGCUGCAGACUGAGGGGGCCAAGAUUGAGGAAGACACAGAGAACAUGGCAGAAAGGUUCCUUGAUGGUGAAAUACCACUGGAUUCCUUCAUCGACGAGUACCAGAGCAAGAGGAAGCUGGCUCACCUGCGCCGGGUGAAGAUCGAGAAGCUGCAGGAAAUGGUGCUGAAGGGACAGAGACUUCCUCAGGUUCAGCCUCCGGCACAGCCGAGGGCAGCCGAGCCCGCAGCAGCCCCUGCCGAUCCCUACAAGGAUGCGAACCCUCCUCCCUCGGUGGUGCCGCGGCGGAUCCCGCCCCCUCCGCCCCCCUCGGGCCCGGCUGGACGCUUCCCCACUCCCUUCACGGCCGCCACGGGCUCAGGACCAGCUCUUCCUUACCCCGGUGCUCCGUACCCGCCUCUCCCGCCGCGGCCGGGAGCAGCUCAGCCCUCGAGCCAGAUGCCCCAGGCGGGAUGCCCAGCUCAGUUUGUGCCACCCUAUCCUCCACCUCUUCCCCAGAGACCAGCUCGCCUUCCACCACAUCCUGGCUUUAUCCUCCAGUAAAUAUUUGGGUGCGCCUGACGUUUGUAUUGGUGCUUCUAUUUCCUUUUCCCCCAUCAGAGACUUGCUGUAGGCAAUGGGCAGCCUCUGUUCUUUGCACAAUGGAGCACAAAGGCCGAGCUGUGGCACAGAGGUUUGCAAUUGCUUUGCUAAAUGUGAUGAUGUUUGUUUGCAAAGGUCAGUGGUGACAAGGUUUUCCUGGGAAGGUGAUGAGGUCUAAAUUCUGUAAGUCCAUCAGAUUGGGAAGGUGCUGGCAGUGGAUUUGCUGAAGUUACAAACAGAGUCACGCUCUGAAUUCCUCAGUGAUGGUAGAUCAGCAUCCUCCUGUGCUCUGAUGUAUUCCCCUGGCAGCUGGAUGUUUGUGUGGCAAAUGGGGAGCUGGUUGUCCCUCUAAGGAAUUCUUUGACAAUGUUGGGAUGGUAACAACCAUAUCUGACUGCUGGGCAGGGGGUGUGCACAGCACCCCCUCAGCAUCCUUUUGCAUCCAGGCCCAGGUGCACGUUGUUUUCAGAGCUCACUGAGCUGAAACUCCUGUCAGAACACCUUGGGGGCUUUUAGACAGGGAAAAGGACAAGAGUUUCAUUUCUGCAUUUCAGUUGUUACCUUAGACAGUGUGUAAUCAAAGUAGGCACUACUCCCACUCCUAAAUAGCUUGAUACCCUCAAAGUCCUGGUUUCUUGAAAUGAAACUAAACUGUUUGUAGAGCCAGUUUAGGGUUUUAUAGACACUUUACCGGGCAGUUUUAUUUCCUUGCCUAUUAAGACUCUUUCUAACAGUUGGUUUUUCUCUCCUUUUCCACACCUUGGAUACAGAAAUGAUUUUUUUUACACAGGUGCUUAUCUUUUGCUACCAUGUGAUUCCAGGAAUCUAGGCAGGGUAUUUUCUUAAUCAAAUACUGGAUUUUCACAUGUAAUUGCCCACUUGAAUUUCCACAAUUUCAUUUUAUCCCUCAACUCUGUCUCUCCCUUGGCAGAACUGCUUUUAACUUUCCCAUUUUGUUUAGUUUUGCAGUUUGGGGCAUGUGUAUCUAUCUGGAAUUUGCAGUUCAUGUUUCUCUGCGAGUAGGCAAAAAAGAAAAGCCUUUUCAAGUCCAUGGUGGCUGUUUGCAUCUUGCAGAAUCUGUUCUUAACUUCUGCCACAGGGUGGGAGAGGCUUUUUAGGGCAGCUCAGAUUUCACUCUCGAUGUGACUCUUGAAGCCUAAGGUACAGACACAUGCUGGUAUUUUAAUCCAGCGCUGGGGGAGGCAGAUUUUAACCCCUGUUGUUUGCACAGAAUGUGUCUGUGAAUUUGUUAUCAAUCAGUCCAGAAUCUGUCCAAGCCCCUGGUUAUUUCAGUUAUUUUGGUAUCAUUGUGCUGCAAUGCACUGCAUUGUUUGGAAGUUUGUACUACAAACAUCAGUCAGAAUAGAAUAUCUUUUUUUUUUCUUUAUCUAAGACCUGGAUUGUCCCUUAAUCAUUUCCUCUGGAGUGUGGUGGUUAGCAAAUACUAAUCUGAAAUUAAGCUCUUAACAGGAAGCUCUCAAUUCUGAAAAUAUGGAUAUGGUCAUUUGGCUUGUUUGCCUUCUGCAGACAAAGGCAGAAGGUUGGUCAGUGUUACUGGCAUCUGAACCAAUUCCCCAGUGUAAGUCUGGCAAGCUUUUAUAGAUGGGGGAUUUUGUGAAGCAAUGUGCAUUGGAUUUGUUUGCAAAGUGUGUUUUUUCUGUAAUCUAGUGAUGGUACAGGAUGUGGUUGUUUUGUUUUGUUUUUUUUUUUAUUAGUGUGAUAUCUUUUCUUGGUCUUAUUUUCUCACUGAAGCUUUGUAUAAGCAUGGUUAAUAAUGACUCGUUUCAAAGUAACUUUGCUGUGCUGUUAGUGCUGGUAUUUGGGUGGCAGCUGUUGUAUCUGGAUGCUAAACAUGAGUCUGCUGUAGAAAUGGUUUGUGUCCUAGAAAGAAUUACAGUGGGUGGGGGCUACCAGGGUGGUGUCUGAGUGCAGAAAUUCAUACUUUGAGCCUGCUACACAAAAACUCUAAAACACUCCCAAUUCAGUUUUACUGAGAUUUCAUAAAAACAACCAGGUAUAUUUUACACUUAUCCGGUGCCAACUUUUUUUCUGGGGGUUGGAAGUCCUCAGAAGUGGUGGGGGUGAUAGAUAAGUGUAUGGUGAAUUUGCACUGCAUUUUAUGUAUCAGACUUUAUUGGUAUUAGUAGUCCAGAAAUAUUUUUACUACUUGUUAAAUCUUCUGUCUUUUGGUAACUUUUGUGAUAACAAUGACCUUUCAGGGAUACUUUAUCUAAAAACAACCUCUUGUGCACACUAAAUACAGACAAAGCUAAUGCAAUUUUUUUGUCUGGAAGCAAAACAAUGCAUUAUUGCAUAUGCAUGUGGCUGAUGUGCCUUAGGAUCACUACUUGUGAUUGUAAUUCUAGGAUAUUAGCAUUUUUAUCAUUUGAAUGGCCAUUGCUUAACUCUAAUUUAAGGGCUCUUGGAGAGCACUGACUUUGACAAAAACUGACCCUCAUACUUCAGAAAAAACAGCUGUAUCUGCUAUUUGUAAGCUUAUAGUUGCCUUCACUGAUGGGUAAGUUUGAACAUAGCUGAUGUAACUAAUGUGAUGUUUCAGUUAUUGCAAGCUCAUAACUGAAGUCCAGCUGCUCAUGGAAAACGUUUUGCCAUUAAUUUUGUGUGUGUGUGUGCACACAAACUGUAAAUAUUUACUUGACUGCUGGUGAUGUUUAAGGGUAAAGAAGAAGAAUGACUGUGGAAAGCUGUUCAAUCCUUUCAGCAACAAACUUGACGAAACACUAGCCUGGCAAGAGCUGUGUCAGUGCUUUCAACCUGUUGCCCUUCAACAGCUUCUCCUGUUCUGUUUAGCUAAUAAAUUAAUUCUGCUCUGGCUAGGAUGUUUAGAAUUGUACUAAUUUGCACUGUUUAUAAGAUAGUGAGAUUAAAAUGCCAUAGGCAAGCUGAGACUUGAGAGGGGGUGGCUCACGAUGCUUGCCAAAAAAAAUUAUAUAUAUAUAUAUAUAUAUAUGUGUAUUAAAAAAGGAUUUUUGAUGUCUGCUACAAAUAGUGUAUACUUCCCCAAAGCAAUUGGAGUGGAGAAAAAUCCUUUAAAUACAACGUGUGACACGGCUUUCGAGUGUUGGUAGCAUUGGAAAUGCUCUCUUUGGGCAGCAUUGUUUGUGCCAGUCUCUCGUGUGCAGUUCUGGGAGUUGGGACUUGGACCUGGGCCUGCAGUGAGCAGUUCUGACUCCUGGGGGCUCUCACUGCACUCAGGGCUGCCUCCCAGAGAAGGUGGAGUCGUUUGUUCCAGCACAGCUGAUCCAGACAGGUCGCCUCGGUACCACUGCAGGGAACAGGAGCUGCCCUGGGGUGCCAGGAGGCACCUGGGCACUGGCUGGUCGAGGUCACCGUCCCCAGUACUGCCCCAACCUCCACAGCCUCAGCCUCCACCUCUCCUGGGACUUCUCUGCCCUCUCAAACUGGAAUCACGACGUAGAUGCAGAGCUCAGACCAGCAAUUCUUGUACCCUGCCUUGGAGCUGCGUGGUGGACGUGGAGUUCAGAGGGGGCAGAGUCAUCCUGUGCCUGAACAGUUCCUCUGUGUGACCCUGGACUGUCUCAACAAGGGGCAGUUUUAUAUGCUGAGCAAGUUGUGAACAUACAGUGGAGUUGUUUGCAUAAUAAGUCUUUCUGUUACCUACUGUGUUCUGAUUUUAAAUAAAAUAGCAUAUCUCUUGG